AAUCUGCCUACUGGGGAUGUUUGGUAUGUAUUACCUUUACUUAUGGGUGUAUUCUGCUUAUGUUUUAGCUGACCCAUGAGUUCUAGACGAUCUAGAUCCGCUGCCAGUGGGAGUCCACAUCAUAGGCAUUCUGAUAGAAGAAGAGAUGAUGAUCGUGGGAGGGAGAAGUCUUGUAGAAAGGAAUGUAUUUUCUGCUCUUUGCCUGCACUUCAGGAUAAAAAAGUUUGUCAGAGCUGUUUUGAUCAAAAUAAUACCUCCCAGUCUUCUGAGCAAUUCAAUAAUUUCAUGUCAUGGAUGAAGGAUUCCUUUAAUAAAUCUAUGUCUGACAUGGUUGAAAAAGUUACAGAUAAUGUACUUGCUAAAGUUUCUGCCAAUCAACCAUCCACUUCAUAUGCUACAGCAGAUUUAGCUGUUCACAUUCCUGACGAUAGUGUCUCCUCUGAUUCACAAGAGGAAGGGGAAGUGGAUUCAGAUGAUGAGUUGUUUAAUACAUCUUUCAUAGAGCCUUUAAUUCUGGCCAUGAGGAAAACCCUUAAUUUGGAUGUUCCUUGUGAACCUUCUUCCCAACCAGACCUGAUGUUCAAAUCUUCCAAAAAAAGCAGUGUCUUUCAUAUUCAUGAUGUUGUCAAAGCCACAAUUAAAUCUGAAUGGGAUGUUCCUGAUAAAAGAUUUUUUCUGUCUAAAAGGAUGAAAAAGAUGUAUCCUUUUCCUGAGGAUCAAGUUAAACAAUGGGUAUUACCCCCUAAGGUUGACGCUUCGAUCACCAGGGUGGCAAGAAGAACAACCUUGCCUGUAGAUGAAGGGGUCUCCCUAAAGGAUCCUAUGGAAAGACGGCAGGACUCCAUCCUUAAAAAAGCCUAUAGUGUUUCAGGAUCUAUUUGUAAACCGUGUGUGGCUAUUACCUCCUUAGCUAGAGCUAAUAAGAUCUGGUUAAAUAACGUUGUUGAAGCCUUACAGCAAAAGGUCAGCAGAGAGGAAAUUCUAAAUUCCCUUCAUGAGAUUCAAUUAGUAAAUGAUUUUUGUGCUGAAGCUUCUAUGGAUAUCCUCAAGUUGGCGGCUAAGGAUAUGAGUCUGGUGGUGGCAGCUCGUAGAUCUCUAUGGCUCAGACAUUGGUUUGCUGAUACACCAUCUAAGCAUAACCUUUGCUCCCUCCCCUUUGAAGGAGAUCUUCUUUUUGGUCCAAAAUUGGAGAAUAUUAUCUCUAAGGCGUCGGCUGGCAAAUCAGCCUUUCUACCCCAAGAUAAGAAAGAGAGAAGAACAACUUUCAGGGGUAACAGACCUUCAUUUAAAGAUGUCAAAGCUUACCGCCCAGGCAGAAAUUUUCAGAGGCAAUCCUGGAAGACUAAGCCUCAGCCCUUUCAGGUUAAGAAGGAUUCCAAACCUGAUAGAAAUAAAUCCUUCUGAAGGUUUGCGAGCCCUUCAGUUUCCUGUGGGGGCCAGGCUUUCACAAUUCAAAACUGUUUGGGCUCAAACUACGACAGACCUCUGGGUAUCAGAGGUAAUUUCAAGAGGAUACCAAAUAGAAUUC